AACAAACAAAAAAAUUAUCGUAUUCUGCUUCCUUCUUAAAAAAAUUGCCUUAAAAUGACAAAAUUGGAUGCUGAUCUUGAGAAAUCCUGCUUGGAGGAAAUUUCUCAUUUGGUUUUAGAUUCCGGCAAAAAGGUAACUUUACCGCUUUUGUCUCACAAUCACAAAUUGUCCUUCGCCCAAUGCAGUGAACUUUUGGAUCUUUGGUUGAAGAAAAAUAAAGUUCAUGCGGGAAAAAUUGAUUGUUCUUAUGCCGUUCAGUACCAAGAUGAGAAUGGAAAUCCUGUUGUCGGGAUGCUUUCUUACGACAAACUCAAGUGUGUAAAAGUGAAUAAAUCCAACAAAAACCUCAAAGAAACACUUUUUGGCAUCGUUCAGACAAGCGAGAAUCGUUCCUUGGGUCUCCAAGAACACUUUGACAACAUCGACAUUCCAAUAAAAGCGAAAUUCGGUCUUCGCAAUGCCAUCGAGAGACCAACUCCGGUAGUUAGUGAGCCCAAAAUUCACAUAAAAUCGGAAAAAGUCACGAGUUCGGGCACGAAAAACAUCUCAAACAUGUUCGCAGCGAAGGAAAAACCGAAAGAAGUGAAAAAAGAGGAGCCCAAAAAGACUCCCGUGAAGAAAGAAUCGCCUCCGAAGAAGGAAUCUCCGAAAAAAGCAACAAAACCCGCUGCCAAGGGAAAUAUUUCGUCAUUUUUCUCGAAAGGAGCUGCCAAACCAUCAACUUCUGUCAAACAAGAACCUCCAAAAACGCCAAAAGAAGAACCAAACACGUCAAAAAAUAAACUUAUCGACUCGGAUGACGACGAAGUAAUCGACGGAACGCCGCAAGAAAAACGCGUUCGCACGAAAAAAAUCGUUCAAUCGGCGAAACAUUCGAGAAUUGCCGUUUUGGAGGACUCGAGCGAAAGCGAAAACGAAGAAGAAAAAGACCGAAAACGAGCUGAACGUGAAAUUGAAGCAAACGUCUCGGAGGAAGAAAAAGAAGAAGAGAAGAAAAAAUCUCCGGAAAAGCCAAAAACGGAAGAAACUUCGACGACGACGGGAGGAAAACGCAAAGCUUAUCGUCAAGUUGUUCGAAAAUAUCAAGAUGCGGAUGGAUUUUUGGUUACGCGAAAGGAGAAGGAAGAAUAUUUUGUGUCUGAUGAGGAAGAUGGUCCAGCAGAGAAGAAGCAAAAGUCGGAGGAGAAACCGAAAACGGAAGCUCCAAAGCCAGCGGCGAAGACAAAACAAAAGAAUAUUAUGAGUUUCUUCACGAAAAAAUAAUUUUUGAAGCGUACUUCUGUUUUUCAAUAAUUUUUAAUAAAAAAAAAAUAAUAUUUU